CCUGCCUCAGCUGUCCGGUAUAAAUACACUCAGUCCCGGCUUCAGUGUGUCUCCGCAGCGGCAGCAGCUCCGUCUGGAAGGUCAAACACAUCAUGGCAGCGCUGAAGAAGAUCUGUGUGAUUGGCUCUGGUAACUGGGGCUCUGCUAUUGCCAAGAUCGUGGGUGCCAACGCAGCCAAGUAUGAUAAGUUUGACACCACAGUAAACAUGUGGGUGUUUGAAGAGAUGGUGAACGGCCGUAAACUCACAGAAAUCAUCAACAUGGACCAUGAGAAUGUGAAAUAUCUGCCCGGCCACAAGCUGCCCCCCAAUGUGUUGGCUGUUCCAGACUUGGCUGAGUCUGUGAAAGGAGCCGACAUCCUCAUCUUCGUGGUCCCUCACCAGUUCAUUGUGAAAGUGUGUGACACCAUUAAAGACCACAUCAAGAAGGAUGCUGUAGGAAUGUCUCUCAUCAAGGGUGUGGAUGCAGGUCCAGAGGGUCUGAAGCUGAUCUCAGAGGUCAUCCGAGGAAAGCUGGGCAUCACGACAACGGUCCUCAUGGGAGCGAACAUCGCCAACGAGGUCGCUGACGAGAAGUUCUGUGAAACAACCAUCGGGUGCAAAGACAAGACCUACGGGCCCAUCCUGAAGGAUCUGAUGCAGACCACCAACUUCCGUGUGACGGUGGUGGAGGAGUCGGAUGUUGUAGAGAUCUGUGGGGCGCUCAAGAACAUUGUCGCAGUGGGAGCAGGUUUCUGCGAUGGCCUUGGAUUCGGAGACAACACCAAGGCAGCAGUGAUUCGUCUCGGCCUGAUGGAGAUGAUCGCCUUCGCCAGGGUCUUCUGCACAGACUGCCCCGUCUCCCCCGCCACCUUCCUGGAGAGCUGCGGCAUCGCUGACCUCAUCACAACCUGCUACGGUGGACGCAACCGCAAGAUCGGGGAGGCUUUCGCCAAAACUGGCAAAAGCAUCGAGCAGUUAGAGAACGAGAUGCUGAACGGUCAGAAGCUUCAGGGUCCAGCAACUGCAUUCGAUGUCCACCACAUCCUGGAACAGAAAAAGAUGGUUGAAAAGUUUCCUCUUUUCACUGCUGUUCACGAUAUCUGCUUCAACGGCCACCCAGUCACAGAGUUCGUCAAGUGUUUGCAGGACCAUCCAGAGCACAUGUGAAGGAUUACAGACCAAUGAAUGGGUGGAAGUUAUGAAAGGAUAUACACUAAUACUACCGCAUAACCCAGGUGAUUGUAGGGGGGGGGGGACGACGACUACUUUCAUGUUUGAAUCUCAAACAGAAAAGAGCUGAGCUGCUGUGUUGACCUGCUUCUAUUACAAUAAUGACAGGAAACAAACAUAAAUGUCGCAAAUUGUCUUAAAGGUUUUAAGAAUUUGAAUUGUUCUGCCUUAUACAAUACUCAAACCCCGACAUGAAUGUUACGAAGUGUUACUUAAUUUCUCGGGUAAAAGUGCCUUAACGUGCCUUUUCACUGACAUGCAUGUCUUUUAAACAAAGCACUGAACAUGCAACAGGUACCGCUCUCAUUGUGUUGUUUAUCUUCUGGACUUCUUCUGAUGAUUUCUUUUGGAAUAAAUUAUUGAACCUGG